UGUGUUCAUUUCCAGAAACAACACCCUUAGCGUUGGAAAAAUCAAUUCUCAGCUCCAACUCAGAGCGCAUUGCCAAGUUGGUGUGCUAGGUCGCCGCUUGCUGCCUGCAUACGAGCAGUCAAUAGAUAAUCAAGCACCUGCACAAAUAUGAUGCUGAAUCUUCAUGAUCGCUACAGCUGCUGCUGAGAAUCUUAAGCUUACAGCCGAAGACCCAGCCUUCUAUCAAAUCGGUUAAGUAGUUCCAUUCAAAAUGGAACCAACGCAAAGGUCAUCUGUCGUUCUUCUUUCCGUUUUGCUUGUAAUCAGCUACGCAGCAGCCACAGUGGACGUGGCCCUGGUAGAAUUCAUUCUAUGGGGAAAUAAGACAACAACGAGUUUAAGCAUUGCCGGUGCGUUGCUUGAUAAAGGAGAGGAAGAGAUGCGACGGUACAGUUCGGUUAUCAACGUAACCAAGGUGCCGAUAUAUGAUAAAAAUGUGACCACUUGCGACAUGAUGGAUCAGAAGGCAACUUUCUGGGCUACUCGCUAUUAUUAUCGGGAAGCCCAAGGAAAUCCAGUUAUGGGAAUGUUUGGUCCAGGGUGUCCAACAGCAGCAGCAUCUGUUGGCCAUUUAGCUAGAGCGUGGAAUAAACAAAUGCUAAUCACGAUUGCCGGAGAUACAGCGGUUUCAAACAAAAAGCGUUACCCUACGCUGACAAGGCUUUCUCCCUACAUUCAGGAAGAUCUCAACCAGUUCUUUUACAAAUUAUUGAAUACCUAUGGCUAUAGCACUGUGGGAAUUUUAUGCGACGAUGCCAACGAUAUUUUAGCUAUUUAUGUGCCGAUGUGCACGGCAUUAUUCGAUACACUUCGUCUGACGUAUAACGUUAGUGCCAGUCGUUUCUAUGUGAACGCCAGUGAUAAGGACAACGUAAAACACUAUCUGGAAGAGAUUAGAUCCAUUGCCAGAGUGGUCAUCAUCAUUGCGUAUGGCAAUCGCAUUCGGCCGAUCAUGCUGGCGGCUUUUGAUAAACAAAUGACGGAUGGUGAAUAUGUAUAUUUUGCAUUUGAACUGUAUCCAAGCGCGACCUUUUUCGGCAAUAUAUCCUGGAAUACCGGGGAUACCGAUAAACGCGAUGUGGACGCUAGAACAGCAUAUCGUUCCUUGUUCAUAAUAUCGCUACGCAGCGCGGAUUCACCAGAAUACCUCAAUUUCACCAAUGAAGUGAAACGGCUAUCCAAAGAAAGAUAUGACUAUACAUAUGCCCCGGGAGAGGAAGUUAACCCAUUCGCCGUGUCGUACUAUUACGCGCUCGCCAUUUACGGACAGGUGCUAAACCAAACUAUAGCAGCCGGCGGAAAUCCCAAUGACGGCGCCAGUUUGACCAAGUUGAUGUGGAAUCGAACAUUCACCAUUCUAGGCAAAGAUAUCGUCAUCAACAGUAAUGGCGACCGAGAUUCGGACUGGGCGCUGAAUCAAAUGGAUUCAAACGGCAUUUUUAGGCCGGUUAUGGAGUACUCUGCGAGUCGCAAAGUGUUGCAAAGUAGUCGUGAUGCUGAUGGCAGCAUCCGCCCAAUUAUCUGGUAUAACCGCGAUUCCCCACCUCCGAACGAACCUAAAUGCGGCUACCGCGGCAUCAAACAGGAGUGCGAGAUUGAACAACGCCGGAUUUUAGCCAUUGCCCUAAGUUCCGUUGUAGGCUUGGUAUUUAUUUGCGCCAUAGCGACCUUAUUGAUUUACCGCAAAAUUAAACUGGAGUCAGCUCUGAGCGAUCCCUGGUGGCGAGUUGAAAAGGAGGAACUAAAUCAGGCAUCCAUGAAAGUUUCCAGCCAGUCUCUCAGCAAGCUGAGUUUGAAAACGGCUGACAACACAUCCCAUGCCAGUUCUGUGGGAAAAACUCAGGUGUUUGCUAAGAUUGCUUCAUAUAAAGGAAAAACGGUAGCAGUAAAGAAAAUGGAAACCACACGUCGGUUCCAUCCUUCUCGAAACGAACUGAAAGAAAUCAAAAAGCUGCGCGACAUGGUUCAUGAAAAUAUUAAUCGUUUCGUUGGUAUCUGCAUCGAAGAUAACCAAGUGCAAAUCCUGACCGAAUACUGUACCAAAGGAAGUUUAUCCGAUGUGAUGGAAAAUGAUGCUCUGAAGCUGGACUGGCCGUUCCGAUUUUCCUUGACCAAUGAUGUUAUCUCUGGCAUGACAUAUCUGCACGACAGCCCUAUCGAAUCCCAUGGAAAUUUAACCAGCUCUAACUGCGUUAUCGACAGUCGAUUCGUCCUGAAAAUUACCGAUUAUGGAUUGGCUUUCCUGCAGCCGUUUGUUAGUAACAAGGAGGGAGAUAACAAAUCCGAUUACUUCAGACUUUUGUGGCGCGCACCGGAACAUCUUCGCGCCCCGAUGCCACCUAAAGGAACUAAAGCCGGCGAUGUUUACAGCUUCGGUAUCAUAGUGCAAGAAAUCAUCCUGCGUUGCGAACCCUUCGGAUCACCGGAUGUGAAACGUUUACCUAUGGAUCCGUAUGCCAUCAUUACCGAAGUCAUAAAGGGCACCAAUCCCCCGCUGCGUCCGCAUGUUCCGAAAGACGCUUGCCCACCCGAGCUCUAUGCUAUUAUGGAGCACUCGUGGAGCGAAGAGCCCGAAAAGCGACCGACAUUUAAAGAGAUUCGCUCGCAGUUCAAAAAGAUUCCAGGCGUAGAAACGGGCAAUCUGAUGGAUAACUUAUUAAAACGCAUGGAAACCUACGCAACCGAUCUAGAAGCACUGGUUAUGGAAAGAACGGAGGCUUUCCUCGAAGAAAAGCGAAAAUCUGAGGAGCUUCUUUAUCAAGUGUUACCUAAGUCUGUGGCGGAGAGACUCAAGCAAGGCAAAUCGGUCGAACCAGAAGCCUUCGAGAAAGUCUCUAUAUACUUCAGCGAUAUCGUUGGCUUCACCACUCUCAGUGCAUCCAGUACACCCAUGCAAGUGGUCGACCUUCUGAAUGACCUUUACACACUUUUCGAUAGUAUUCUGGAUGCAUUCGAUGUGUAUAAGGUGGAAACCAUCGGUGAUGCCUACAUGGUCGUGAGCGGUCUGCCCAUUCGCAACGGAAACCUCCAUGCUCGCGAAAUCGCUCGCAUGUCGCUGAAACUCUUGGACGGAAUUAUGCGCUUCAAGAUCCGCCAUCGACCCAAUGAGCAGCUUCGACUACGCAUGGGUCUACAUGCGGGUCCUGUAGUUGCCGGUGUCGUCGGAUUAAAGAUGCCUCGAUACUGCCUGUUUGGAGACACGGUCAAUACGGCGAACAAAAUGGAAAGUCACGGAGAAGCCUUAAAGAUUCACGUCAGUCCUGAUCUGAAAACCAUCCUGGACGAUUUCCCGACAUUUGAUUUGACACUACGUGGAGAAGUGGAGAUCAAAGGAAAAGGAUUGAUGACCACUUGGUGGCUAAACGGGGAACGCGUGCCGGAAGGAGAAGCUGCUGCGCCAACCGCAACACAAGAGGUCACGGCUGAUGUUCCAACUGCACCAGCGGAAAAUCAAUAAAAGCAAAGGAUCAAGCUCUCUCAAGUUCUCAUCCUCCAAAUUCAUCAAAAUUACAUGAAAACGGCGAUCUCGAUUGGUAUUAUGCACAUAUUGGUCUCAAGCAGACGUUCAUGUACAACGCACGAAGUUGCACCUCCUGCAUCGCAUUACCUCAAUGCUUUCCUGCACUGCGAAUUUCAGAAAUGCGCACUAACCGCAUUAACCAGGAGCACUUCAAUCAAAAAGUCUUUAUUUCAAAAUCCCUUUAUCUUACAGAAGAAUUUUAACCGUCCAACCCAAUUUUCACAGCAGACUUGAACAUGUUAUUGCGUACUGUGUCAUGAGAAAAUCAAGCUACAAAAAUCGAAAACCAUUUGUAUCACCUGCUUAUUUCUAUAAUGUACAAGAAUGCUGUAAGUUCUUGCUGCGCAGAUGUCUUAUAAACAUCACAACUUAAAGGAGAAAAAAAUUGAAAAAAUAGUACAUCUA